CCUCCUCUCAACUCUUCCCAACUCUUUCACAGAGAAGGGACAUGGUGGGGUGUCCAGAGAGGCCUCUCCUCCAGGAUCAUAAAGGUCGAGAGUCAUGGUCAUGGCUCCUACCCCACCUCCAGUAGAAAGAGGCUUUCCCCACAGAUCCUGCCACUCCUCAGCCCCUCUCCAAGGCCGGGGAUAUAAGCCCCGCAGGGAAAGCGCUGAGCAGAGGAGGAGGCCACAGCCCGACCUGCAGCAGUCCAGCCCUUGGGACUCCUCUCGCCUUCCACCUGCUCAUCUCCGCUUCCAGAACUGUCGCCAUGGUGACCGUGCGCCGGCCGUGGCCCGCCGUGGCCACAGUGCUGCUGGCCCUGCUCGCCUGCCUGGGGGCGCUGGUCCACGCCUACCCCUCCAAACCCGAGGCUCCCGGCGAAGACGCGUCGCCGGAGGAGCUGAGCCGCUACUACGCGUCGCUGCGCCACUACCUCAACCUGGUCACUCGGCAGCGGUACGGGAAACGCGACAGCCCGGAAGCGGUCCUCUCCAAACUGCUCUUCCCCGACGGCGAGGACCGCCAGGUCAAGUCACGGCCAGAAGGCGCGUACAUGUGGUGACGACCCCAAGGCCUCCUGGGAGACAUGCCGACUGCACCGACCUCGUUUGCAUGUGUGCUCCUGACCCCGGAACCUGGGUUCCUCUCGCUGCCUACUGUGCCUGGGAGGGGGUGGGGGUGCUGGAUGGGGUCUUCAUCCCAUUUCUCCGUGCCCCCGGCCCCUGGGCUGGAGGGCUGUGUGUGGUCUUUCCCUGGUCCCCAAAUAAAGAGCAAAUUUCACUGAAA